GGGUCUCACCAAACAACCAGUGCUCAGUACGAUCGUCAUGUCGUAGAGCGCACAACCUCGUCCAGCCAUCCGGGCUUACCACAAUGUCAAUCAGCGCCGAACGCAAAGUGUCUGCGUCAUUGGGACGCUCUGUAAGAGGCACAACUCCGCGUCUUGCAGACCUAGCGUCCACCCCCGAAUCGCCGCGAACGCCUCUCCAGCGCGCGACUUCCUCCUUGUACGGUUCGCCGGGCGGAAGUUAUCGUACUGACGACGAGUAUGUCGUUAUAGAGGUUGGUUCGCGGUUCGUGCGGGCUGGUUUUCCUGGCGAAAGUGCCCCGCGAUGCACGCUUCCAUUUGGUCCUGACAAGCAGAGAAGGGUAGGCGACUACAGGCAAUGCGACCCAGGAUAUAAUCAAAUCAGACGACAAAAGAAGCUUGUCCAGGAACCGGGCGAGUAUGAUGACGUGUUUGCAAUGAGGAAACUCCAGGCAUGGGGCGAGGACCACGGGCUGUAUCGUUUGGAUCUUACCAAGACAGACAUGGACCUGUUGGGAGAUAAAUUUGAGCGGGCCAUGAGGGAGGCGUAUAGCAAGUAUUUCUUACUAGACUCAAAGCCGCGACGCGUCUCACUGGCGCUCCCGCCACGACUACCGCACGCGCUGCUCUCGAAGAUCCUCGAUAUACUGUUCAAGAGCUUCCAUGCGCCCAGUAUCACUCUCUUGUCGAGCCCCGUUUUAUCCACCGUCGCCGCAGGAUUGCGCUCAGCGUUGGUUGUUGAUAUUGGGUGGGCGGAGACACUGGUCACAGCGGUGUACGAGUACCGGGAAGUGCGAGAGAAGCGGUCACUACGAGCAGGCAAAUGGCUAAGUGAGGAUAUGGCCAGAAUAUUGAACGCAGAGCUCGACGAAGCCGCUGCGCCAAACACACCGAAAGCAGACGUGUCAUUUGAGGAAGCAGAAGAGGUCCUUACACGUGUGGGCUGGUGCAAACCCAUUUCCAAGGGAAAUCGGAGAACCGUCUACUUCACCGCAAAUGAGGCGCCGGUGCUGGAAGAGUGGGCAGAUGCUGUCGAAAACCCUCCACCCGCCGUUACUAUUCCGUUCCCGAAGAACACUCCACCGACCGAGCUCAAGGUAGCACUUGCUUCUCUAGCCAAGCCAGCCGAUAACAUACUUUUCGAGGCAGACGCACCAUCGAAAAAGAAGGACGACGAAGAAGUAAAGUUCGAUGAUGAAGAAUUGCCUAUCCAUCAUCUCAUCUACCGCACACUGGUGGCACUCCCAGUUGAUGUUCGCCGGCUAUGUAUGUCGCGCAUCGUCAUAACAGGUGGAGUUGCAGACAUGCCGGGGCUGAAGACCCGCGUACUGAAAGAGGUGGAUUACCUAGUGCAGUCAAGAGGCUGGGAUCCAGUCAAGACGUGGGGCAGAGGCGCUGGACGGCAUGAGGAAAGGCUACAGGCACAGCAGCGCAGGCUGACUACGAAAGCACAGACUGAUACGCACAGAGCGUCAGCAGCGCCGGCCUCUCUGCCAGCUGGUUUGCAAGAGCCAGAGAUCGACAACAUUGACAUUAAGCUCGCCAAGACCAGCUUGAGAAACGGUCCGCCACUCGAGUGUUCGACUGGCGGCACGAUUAGAGGUGUACACACGCUCGGUGCUUGGGCUGGGGCCAGCCUGGUGACCAACCAGCGGAUUCGAGGGAUUGUCGAGAUCGACCGAGAGCGGUAUCUACAACACGGAUUGCAAGGUGCGUCAAGAGACAAGGAGGUUUCUGUAAUUCCACAGCGGCAGAGUAUGGGACCCGGAGUCACGCGUGGCGCUGGUGAGCGAAUGAGCUGGACCCUCGGUGUGUGGGCGUGAAGGAAGAAUUGCAUUGAGCGCAUGAGCACAGCGUCUGUUCGCCAUUUUUGAUACCCUUGAUAUCCAGCAGCGACCCUUCGGCGAUAUCGCCUUUGCUGGAACUCGCAAACGAAUCGCUUUCAGCAGCGAAUUGAAUACAAGAGCAACCAGCUAGUCCUU